GAAGAAUCCACUACUCUUAAUGAUAUUCUAGUCGCGUUAACCAACGUAACGCUGACACUAACAAAAAUCACAGCAAGAAUGGACAAACUGGAAAUAAACCAGACAAAGUCCAAAAAUACCUCGCAGAAAAUAAAGAAAUGAACCACACACUGCGGAUCAUAGCAUGGAACGCCAACGGGUUUGAAAGAAACGAUGCCAUUCACCGCGAUAUGAUGCUGCCUACAAUAGCAGAAGAAAUCCAAAAGUUUGCUCGUAAACACGAGAGGAGAUUAGAGGACCAUAUCAACCCAAUGGCCAUCAAACUGUUAGACAACUCCAAAGACAUUAGACGCCUUAAACGUCUGAAACCAUACGACUUAGUUUAAGUGUUUAAAUUAAGUACAGGAGCCACUUUAUUGGAAGUGUGAC